AUGGAAUGGAUCCAUGGAAUGGUUUUUGGUCUAUCGCCGGAGAUUCUGCAGCACAUAAUGGACAAGACGGAGAUGAUCGAAUUGCGUGGUGCAUUGCUUGACUCAUUCGUGCGACAUUCUCUUCCCAAGAAAACAUAUCUGGAUAGCAAAUCUGGCUCAGGAGCGGCAACUGAUCGUGUCAGACAUUUCGUUUUGCUUCGGCGACUCUCAGUGUUCAAUUUAAUCCUGAAUGGGGGAUCUGUAAUGGUAGCGAAAUUCGUAAGACGUAUUUUCAAACGUUGCCAUUUGGGUGUCCAGGAUAAAAUUACUGGUAUUUGGCAAGCAACUCCACCAGUGCUUUUUGUCAGGAAUGGUUUAUCGCAGACUGCACAGGAUUUAAUGGAGUUCGAGCAGCAAAAAAUAUCUGAAUGUUCUUUUACACCGGAGCAUUUUAAGCUGGUUGCUGACUUCCUGCUCAAUUCGGUGGUCCCCACGUACUGCUUCAACAAGUUCUGUGUAUUCAAAAACCUAGCUUUCGUUCAUUUUAAAUUUAAGAAACUCGUUGAUGACGGGAACUGGAUGACCGAUACGCCGUCGCUAUUGUGUGCUGCGGCGAUUAUGCGUGAAACGAACAUGGAUUGUGCCUCGAAGUGGCUUUGGGUCGUUGCACAGAUGGCGCAGUUCUGCGUGGACAAUCGCUUAAAAACACCAUUUGGCAAAGCAAUGAACACGUUUCUAACUUUUGAAAGUUCGUUUCUAAGCAUUUCUUUUUAG